UCGCUCGUCAUGCAACGCAGUUGUCGAUCAAGCGCGCAAUGCGAAGGCGCUCACGGAACGUAUGUGAACACAUGAUUGUUUUGACGUGUUUUUAUAAAACAGAUAAACAACCAACGGUCACUUCUCCGUAAAUAACGACUGAGAGACACGCGGUGAUGGUUCUGGACGGGUUCGGUUGCGGGAAGAGUCUGAGCGCGGCGGCAGCCCGGGGGAAUGUGGUGGCGGUCCGGCGGAUUUUGCAGGAUCACCGGGUCGAACCGGACACCCUGAACGAGUUUGGGAAAACAGCACUGCAGGUAAUGAUGAUGGGCUGCACCAGUGUGGCACGCGUGCUACUGGAACGCGGCGCUGAUCCAAACGUGCAAGAUCGCUGUGGGGUGACUCCCGCUCACGAUGCUGCCCGCACAGGUUUCUUGGAUACGCUACGAGCUCUUGUGGAGCACGGCGCCUCCGUCAACAUCCCCGACCACAGCGGAUCCAUUCCCGUGCACAUCGCCAUCCGUGAGGGCCACUGGAAUGUGGUGGAGUACCUGGCGCCCCUAUCAAACCUGAGUCAUCGGGACAGCCGAGGGGCUAAUGCACUGGACGUGGCCCGCGCCGCACGCGCUCCAGAGAUGGUGGAGUUUUUAGAGCCUAUGAUGAAUUAACGGACUCUAAAUGGUUCAGGGAGCCCUCAAGGCUCAGGCAUAGAUUUGUUUGUUACAUAUGUUUAAUAGUUGUUUGCUUGAAUAUAACAUUAGCUAGAAUAUGUAGCAACAGUUUGCACAGAGCAAAUCCCUGCACUGGAUCGUCAUGUUGGGCUUUGCCAGGCACAAAUGUAAAUAGCUCUUUUUAGUAUUUAAAACACAUUUCUGUGCAGAAACUUUAACUGUUAUCUUUUUAUAUCAAAUGAAAUGAUUUGUGGCCAACCUUUGGGCGUCAUGCACUGAUAAACAUGUAUAAUACUUGCUGUGUGUGUGUGUGUGUUUGGAGUAAUGUGGUGUGCUUGUUUGAAGUGUUUUGUUGUUGAUUAACAUCUGUAAAUAACAUUUUAUGAAUUUUAUUUGGCUUAUUUAUUUAAGUGUGUAUAGAAACAUAUGUUUACUGUGGAAUUUCACAUUUUAUUUAUUAUAGUGUUUAAUGAACUACGGAAUUGUUAGAUGUUUUAUCUGUAAUGUCAUGUUCCCAGCAGAUGGCUCCCUCGUGAAGAACAUGAGAGAAAUAAACAUCAUCUUGUGAAAAAAA